GCAGCGCCUGGUUCCCGCAGCGCUGUGGGCGCGGCCGCGCCGCCUUCGGCAUGAAGGGCAGCCUGAGCGGCAGCUUGAGCAUUCGGACCAGCCCAUACAAAUGGAGAACCCCUAUAAAGACCCUCCAAAGAGAUGUGUGUUAUGUGGAAUAAAUGUGGACUAUAAGAAUGUGCAGCUUCUUUCCCAGUUUGUUUCUCCAUAUACUGGCUCCAUUUAUGGCAGGCAUAUCACAGGCUUGUGCAACAAGAAGCAGAAGGAAAUUACAAAAGCCAUUAAAAGAGCUCGUGUAUUUGGAUUUAUGCCAGUUAUGUUUAAGAACCCACAAUUUCUCACAGACCCCAAGCUAUGUAAUAUCAAGUAUCCAGAGUGAUAUACUGUACAGAAAUAAACAAUAAAACUGUAUUUCAUGUUUAUAUA